AUGAUGAGGUCCCAGGGAAUCAAAGGCCCUUCUUACAAAUUUCUCCAUGGAAACACCAAGGAGAUCACCAACAUGCGAAGACAAUCUAUGGGCAGACCCAUGGAUCAUUUGUCACACAACCUAUUCCCCCGAAUUCUGCCUGAUGUGCACUCAUGGGUCAACUUAUAUGGGAUGAAUUUUCUUAAUUGGUAUGGUCCUCAAGCUGAAUUGGUUGUCACCGACGCAGAGCUUAUAAAAGAAAUACUAAAUAAUAAAGAUGAUUGUUAUCCAAAAAUAGACCUGGAAGGCUAUGCAAAGAAGCUUUUAGGAGACGGGCUUUCAUCAUCCAAAGGUGAAAAGUGGGCGAAGAUGCGCAAACUGGCCAACUAUGUUUUUCAUGCAGAAAGCUUGAAGAGCAUGACUCCAGCAAUGAUCACAAGUGUUGAGAAGAUGCUUGAAAGGUGGAAAGAAUAUGAUGGGAAAGAGAUUGAAGUGUUUGAAGAGUUCAGGUUACUAACAUCAGAAGUCAUUUCCAAAACAGCUUUCGGGAGCAGUUACUCAGAAGGGAAGAAAAUUUUUGAGUUGUUGAUGAAGCUGACUUUAAUUGUUUCCAGAAAUGCACGAAAAAUAAGGUUUCCUGGCAUCAAGUAA